CAUCCCAAUUAAAAGUCUUCUUUACUUCAUUAUUUGAUCAUCUUCUUCAUCAUGAGUUUAUUAGGUCAACUUUGGGAUGAUACUCUUGCCGGACCUCUGCCGGAAACUGGACUCGGAAAGCUCAGAAAGCGUCCGACUUUUUCUCUUCGUCCAGCCAAAGAAUCGGAGGAUGGAAAUGGAGGAGGGAAUAGUAAUGAGAGUGUGAAGGUUACUAGAAGUAUUAUGAUAGUGAGACCUCCUCAGAUGAAUAAUCAAGAUGGAUCAACACCUCCUUCUUCACCGGCAGCUUCGCCGGCCGGUUCUACGCCUCCGGUAUCUCCUUUCGCCGGAGGAAGAGAGGCAUACAGGCUUCUUAGGAGGAAGUCUUUAUCGGAUGCAUACGAGAAGGCGAACCGAAUCAGAAGUGGGAACGCUGGUCCUCCUUAUGACGUGUGAGAUAUGAAUACCUUAAUUUCUAUUAUAUGUAAUAUUAUGUUGGCGGGUAAGCUGACAAGCAAGCAAGCGGCCUCUUUGUUCUAGCUAAUGUAUGAUUUUGGUUUGGUUUGAUUUGGAUUGUUUUUGGUUUAAGGGUGUAGGGAGAGCUUUUUUGUACAUGCCAGCCAACUAUGUAAAUAUGUAAUAAUGUUGUUGUUGUAGUAGUAUGUAUUAUGUUCUUCUUUAUCCCAAAAAUAACAAUCUCUACUUGUUUUAU